AUGCCCCAAUCUGGCAAGCACGCUCUUAUUUUUGGAGCCUCGGGUAUUUCGGGGUGGUCCCUCCUGAAUCAAUGCCUCCACUACCCAACAACUACGACCUUCAACCGCGUCACAGGUCUCUCCAAUCGACCAUUUCCAACAGAUGAUGCACUUUUGCCAGAUGAUGCACGUCUUCGCUUUGUGUCGGGGAUCGACCUUACACAAUCGGUGAAGACGGUUAGCGAUCAUCUCAAAGCCAAGGUUGACGAUAUU